AUGGGCGCCAGCGGCGGCAAGCCCGCGGUCGAGUCCCCCCACGCGCGCGAACCGAAAGGCGACGACGCGCAGCCGUGCGCGGUGACGUCCGCCGCGAACGACGCGAGUCUCGACGCCGCCGUCGAUUCGCUUCGGCGAUGCGGCGUCGCGUGUCUCACCCUCGACGACGCGGCGUCGUCGACGCACGCGCGAUGCUUCGACGUCGCGCGUCGCGCGCUCGACGCGUGCGCGACCGCCCCCGCGGACGACCCGCUCCGCGUGCGCGCGGACGCGGACACCGCGCACGUCACCGGGAUGCACCCCGCGGGCGCGCUGUCGUCGUACAACGCCUGCCGCGAGGGGUUCGUCUUCAGCGACGGCGCGAUGUUCAGCGUGCCCCCCGCGCGCGAGGACGCCGCGGAAGCCGCCGCGUUCGAAGACGCGAUGAAAGCGCUGUUCGACGUCGCCCUCGGCGUCGCGACCGCGACGCUGCGCGCGAUGGAGCGACGCAUGGAGAUCCCGGACGGAUGGUUCGAGGAUGCGUUCGGCCCGCUCGCGUCCAACGCGCAGUGGCACGUGAAGCGGUACCGACCGAAAGCGAGCCCGCCGCACGCGGUGUCCGUCGCCGGCGCGUCGAGAGCGUCGAGCGCGUCUUCCGCGGACAAGACCGUUCUGCUCCCGGUGCACACGGACCCGAGCCUCGUGUCCGUGGUGGUGCACGACGCGGCAGGCGUCGUCGCCGGCGCGAAGGGGUUGGAACACCUGUCGAGCGGCGACUCCGGGAUUUGGACGGAGGUGCCGCUGCACGGGCACGGCGUCGCGUGCGUGCUCGUCGGGAGCGUGAUGGAUCGAAUCACGAGCGGGGCGUACCCGGCGGCGCGGCACAGAGUCGCGGUCGUGGAUCCGGAGGCGUUGGGGUUGGGACGCGUCGUCGCGACGUUUUUUUGGCGGCCGGCGCCGGGCGCGACGCUGCGACCGCCGCCGUCGCCGGUCAUCCCGAGCUGCGCGAAGUUUAAAACGAUGAAGUUCGGGACGUGGUGCAAGCGCACGGCGAAGCGGUACGAGACGCACGCGGAGCCGAAGCCGAGGGACAGGAAGAAAGGGAAGGGGGAGAGCGGAGGCGAAGGACGGAGACGCCGCGAACGAAAACGCGCGUCGGACCCGCCGGCGAUUUCCCGCCGCGUCGACGCCGCAGACGACCGCCUCGCGCUCAUCGGCGGGCCGCUGCUCGGGCGCGAGAAGUACCUCGGCGGACUCUUGGGCGACGACGCGCGAAUUUACGCGAUCCCCGGGUUCGCGCGAAGGGUGUUACGCAUCGAUCCGUCCGACGGCGCGGUCGAGUACGUGGGCCCGGAGUACCCCGGCGAGUUCAAGUGGUUACGCGCGGUGAAGGACCCGAAGACCGGGGCGCUGUACGGGCUCCCGUGCCACGCGGACGCGGUGUUGAAAAUCGUCCCCGGGGACGCGCCGACGAUCACGACGAUCGGGGAGGGGAAAUGCGGGACCGGGCCGUGGAAGUUCCACGGCGGGGUGUACUCCCCGCACGACGGAUGCAUCUAUUGCAUCCCGCAGUUCGCGGAGCGGGUGCUUAAGAUCGAUCCUUCCACGGACGAGUGCACGCUCAUCGGCGGGCCGUUCCCGGGUAGAAACAAGUGGUACGGCGGGCUCAUGGGUUUGGACGGGCGCAUAUACGGCGUGCCGCAGAACCACCGAUCGGUUCUUCGAAUCGACCCGAUGAACGGCGGCGCGUGCGAGCUCUUCGGCGAGUACCCGGACGGCGGCUGGAAGUGGCACGGCGGCGCCGUCGGGCACGAGGGCAACAUCUACGGCAUCCCCGCGCACGCGGACACGGUGUUGAAGAUCGUCCCCGGGGACGUCCCGGAGUUGACCGAAAUCGGCGCCAACUUGCGGACGGGGAAACACAGGAGCGACGGGAAGUACAAGUACCUCGGCGGCGUCCUCGGCCGCGACCGGCGUUUGUAUUUCAUUCCCUCCGACGCAGACCACGUGUUGCAGAUCGACACGGAGACGGACGUCGUUCGCGAGAUCGGCGGGAGCUUAGAGGGCGAGCGGAUCGUUCAGAACAAGUGGCAGAACGGGUUCGUGAGCGGCGACGGCGUGAUUUGGGGCAUCCCGUUGAAGUCCGAGACGGUGCUCACGGUGCGAACGUUUAGCGACCGCGCGGCGGAGCCAAUCGUGGAAACCGUCGGCGGGCCUUUCGGGGGACUGAACAAGUGGGAGGGCGGCGUCAUGAGCGCGGACGGACGGAUGUACUGCAUGCCUCUGAACCACAAAGAAGUGUUAGAGAUUGACCCGGGGGAGUUGGGGAGAAUGGGCGCGGGCGACGGCGGCGGCGGCGGUUCGACGGCGGCGGCGAAGACAGCCGGGCAGACGCACGAUUAG